CCCCAUUCGAACUCCCAAGAUAAGAGAGAAAGAGAGAGCCACAUACUCCAAGGGAGAGGUGAAGAGAGAAGCUGGCCGCAGGACUCGUUUUCCAGAAAAUAGGGCUACUUGUUUGAUCCAUAACUUGAGCUUCACUCGUCCAAAUAAGGCGUAUGAUAUACCAAAAGAAAGCUCUCAAGACGAGGAAUCCGUGAAGGUCUGGUUUGCAUAAAUCGGAGUAGUGUAAGACCUCCAAAUCGACCGAUCAAAACACGACCUCGCAGAAUACGUUUUUGUAUUCAAAGUAAGUUUGAAUCCAAAACCUUCCUCUCUAUUGUCUAAAUCAUAUAAAUGAUUGAAGAACUAUUAUACACUGAUUGAAGUGUAUAAAAUGUUAUUAUUAUGUGACUUUAAUUGUUGGAAAGGUUAGAUACUAACCUAGACAAAACCUUGAAAGGUUAGGGAACGAAUUCGUCGGGAAACACCCGUUCUAGGGACUGUUUUUGCAUUUUCGGUUAGGAGUUGAACUAGCACUUUGAAGGGGCUGUUUAACACUCCAUUCCAAGCAAGGAAUCAGUUCCAAAUCCACCUUGACCAAAGCUUUGACCAUUGGAUCAAGAAGGGAAAGUUUAAAGCUCAAUUGAGGUGAGGAUUGACAUCUAAUUGCUUACAACUUGUAGGUUAAGCAUGAGAUUACCUAAAUGCUUAAAUCAUGAUUUUUCAUGGAUUAUGAUGAUUAUAUAUUGAUGGAAUAUUGAUAUAGUUGCCAAAGAAUGAAAUUUGAAAUGAUUUGAGAAGGUAUGAAUAAUAUGAGAUUAAAUGAGUAUAAAAGAACCAUUUUGUGAAAAUGGGUAUUUUACUCAUGUAUGAAUUAUGUGGAUACAUAAAUGAAUAUUUGUGUAUUGAGAUUAAAUACUUAAGUUGCUGCUACAUAAUUAUAAAUAUGUAGAGAAUUACAAAUAAUGAGGAUAAUGGUAUGAUAACAAUAAUCUUAAUAGUAUUGAAAUACUAGUUAGUGAUUAUUGGGACUUGUUGAUUAAAUUGAUCCUAGGGAUUGGAUUGUAUGAAAGGUACUUGAAUAUGGUUCAAGUGUAUAUAAUACUUAGUAUGGAACUAAGGUUGAGUUAUGGGAAGUCUUUAAGGAUGACCCAUGGUAGUUUAAUGAUAUGUUAAUUCUAGGCAUAGGGUUGCUUGAGAAUUGGACCUUAAUGCAUGGUGAUGUGAUAGAGCCGAGCUCUAGAAUGCAUGUAAGGUGUAGACUUGGAGUCUAUGUAUUGUAUAGCUAGAGCCGAGCUCUAGGACUUGCGUGGUGAUGUGAUAGAGCCGAGCUCUAGAACGCAAGUAAGGUGUAGACUUGGAGUCUAUGUAUUGUAUAGCUAGAGCCGAGCUCUAGGACUUGCGUGGUGAUGUGAUAGAGCCGAGCUCUAGAACGCAAGGUAGGGAAAUUGACCCGAGGUAUAUGAAUUGUAUGGUGAUGUGGUAGAGCCGAGCUCUAGAAUACAAUGUCAUGUACUAGGGUUGGACUCUAGGAGUUGUCGUGGCUUAUAGUCACGGGGUUGGGAAUGGUGAUUUCCAAAUGAAAACGGGCCCACGGGCCGACUACUUGACUUUUAUAUAAAGUAAGUAUAUUUUUUAAACGGGGUAACUUAGGGUUACAAUCAUAAUGUACUAUCACCCUACUUGAGGGUCUUGUGUUUGAAAUACUUGUUGUAUAUCUAUUAGAUGCCUGCCACACCAGUACUUUAUAGCCGUAUAGAGUACUGCCCCCUUCGGGGGCGUCCCACCACCAUUUCAGGUUGAGGCUAGAGCUUGCUUCCUGUGCUCGUUGCCCGAGUGAUUUCCCCGGAGAGAAGACUUGAAAUGGACCGUGGUGGCAAGGUAACUAGGAGGAACCCUUUGGGCCGUGCACCCGAGGAGACUGGGCAAGGCAGUCGUAGGACCUCUAGGGCAUCUGGAGGAGCGGGCCGUGGAGGCCAAUCACGGACCGUGAGUGACGGUCAUGUGAGCACCGAAAGUGACAGCUACUGGUCCUAUGAGGACUCGACCUAUCGGCCGGAAACAGAGCCGGUUGAAACCCCUUAUGAAGGGGAUGAUGAUGAUGUAAGUGAUGAGGAGGACAACGGCUCCUUAGCGCGGAUUGAGGCACUACUCCAACAAUAUCACCGUGAGCGUGAAGAGAGGAGGGAACGCCGAAGGCGCCGGGCUGGGCAACCUUCGGGCAUGGCUUCACGAGGAGGAAGUCAUGGUGCAUCUAGAGUCCAUGUGGAACCACGUGGAGGCCAAAAUGAUGGAGGUCCAACCAUAAGGAUCUCCAAAUACAUCAAAGAAGCAAGAGAUUUGGGGUGCAAACCCUUUGAUGGAGCAGGGGACAUUUCAGUGGCAGCACAAUGGAUCAAGAGGCUAAAUGAAGCGGCCCUUGACAUGCAAAUCGCGCCGAAUCUCAAACUGAGAAUUGCGGUAAGAUUGCUCGAGGGGAUGGCAUCCAAGUGGUGGGAUGGAACCAAGAACAAGUACGGUGAGACCGUCGUUUGGGAGGACUUCCAACGGGAGUUCUUUGCCCAAUACUAUUCUGAUUUCGAGGUGAAUAAGAAGGUGAGGGAAUACACCCUCCUAACCCAAGGGGGUAACAUGUCAGUGAAGGAGCUUGAGUACAAGUUCCGGGAUCUCGCCGACUACAUACCGGAGUAUGCUUGUGACGAGAACCGCAUGGUGAACCACUUUUGGGACGCCCUUGACUUGGAGAUACGUGAUAGGGCAACACAAUUGCCAAAUAUGACCUUCGCCCAAGUGGUUGACCAAGCGUUGAAGGGGGAGAAACAGUGGGAGGAGAGGAAGAAGAGAGACGCCGAGGAGGCGAAAAAGAGAAAAUGGGAGAGUCAUGGCUCCCAAGGUCCCAACAAAAAGGGGAACCAUGGAGGAGGAUCUUUCCGGGCACCGCCGCCACCGUCUAGGGGGAAUCAAGGCCCGAGUGGGCAAGGCUCGAGGUCACAAACCUCGGUGGUAACUCGUUGCAACAAUUGCAAGAGGAACCACUCCGGUAAAUGUCGCGACCCCCCUAGAUGCUUUCAAUGUGGGGAUGCCGGGCAUUUGAAGGCGCAUUGCCCACAAUUGGGUGGGACAAGGACAUCGGGACCGAGCAGUGGCCCGACGGGUACACGGAAUCAAACCGGAGCUUCUCAAGCGAGCCGGGGACAGGGGGGAGCGAGUGCGAGCAACGCGCCAUCCGUGAAUCAAGGAAGAACUCAAGCUAGAGUUUAUGCGAUGACGGAGGCGGAUGCUCGAGCCAACCCGGACUCGGUUGUAGGUAUUGCCUCUUGCACAAUUGUAUUUUGUCCAUAGUUAAUCCAUAAAUUGAUGACAUAAGUCAUAGGGAUUGAGUGCGAGCCAUUACGGGGUCAAACGGCGAAAUUCGGGCCAGAACUGACCAAAAACAGGGACGCACGAUCGUGCGUCCAACCCCACGCACGAUCGUGCGUAGGGGGCAGUGGUUCCGGGUGAUGUUCGCGCAGGACGCACGACCGUGCGUGCCGGUACGCACGCCGUGCGUGGACGCACGAUCGUGCGUGUCCGGGUACGCGCGACCGUGCGUAACCGGCAGUAGCCGGAAGCGAAUUUUUUUCCAUGCACGCACGACCGUGCGUGUCCCACGCACGACCGUGCGUGGACCCCAGCCGCCCGAAACCUAAGUUUUUCCUCUCGUUCUUCUACGAUUGGACCCCCGUUUGAUUCCGAACAUCUAUAUGAACCUAUUAACCUCCAAAAAGUGUCCUAAACCAUUAGAAAAGGUAUCUUACAUGGUGUAUAAAUGUAGGAACAUUAAAGAUUAAUGGGAAGGAUGCACGAAUCCUUAUCGAUACCGGAGCGCAACGUUCAUUCGUGAGUGAGGCGUUUGCCGAGAGCUUAGAGAUGCAAUCAAUACCAAUGACACAAACCUUAGUGGUAUCAACCCCACUAGGGGAAGACGUUGAAAGAAACAAUUACUAUCCAUCUUGUAUGGUGGAAAUCGGUGGCCAAACCUUGACGUGUGAUUUCGUACCGCUGAGUAUGAUGGAGUUCGAUGCAAUCCUAGGGAUGGAUUGGCUAGAAAAGCAUCAUGCUAGGGUAGAUUGCUACACAAAGGUGUUGGAACUCGAAGGCACACAUGGGGACACCCUACGCUUUGAGGGGGACCGCGGCAAAUCAAAUAGUUGUAUCAUAUCCGCCGUGAGAGCGAGAAAUAUGAUGAGGAAGGGAUGCCACGCAUAUCUAGCAUACGUGGUUGACAAAACCAAAGAGGGAACGAACAUCGAUGAUGUGAGGGUGGUUUGUAAGUAUCCGGAUGUCUUCCCUAAAGACCUACCGGGGCUUCCACCUGACAGAGAGAUUGAAUUUGUGAUCGAGGUCGAGCCGGGUACCAAACCAAUCUCCAUACCGCCAUACCGGAUGGCACCCGCUGAACUUAACGAGUUAAAAACCCAAUUGCAAGAGCUUUUGGAUAGCGGUUUCAUCAGACCAAGCCACUCCCCAUGGGGGGCACCGGUCCUUUUUGUGAAAAAGAAGGAUGGAACACUUCGAAUGUGCAUUGACUAUCGUCAACUGAACAAGGUCACAAUCAAGAAUAGGUAUCCCUUGCCUAGGAUUGAUGACUUGUUUGAUCAACUACGAGGAGCAACCGUGUUUUCAAAGAUUGACUUGAGGUCGGGGUACCAUCAAUUGAAGAUUAAGGAGGAUGACAUACCGAAGAGUGCUUUCCGCACGAGAUAUGGGCAUUUUGAGUUCCUUGUUAUGUCGUUUGGGUUAACAAACGCCCCGGCGGCAUUCAUGGACUUAAUGAACCGAGUAUUUCACAAAUACUUGGACCGAUUCGUGAUUGUGUUCAUUGAUGACAUCUUGAUCUACUCAAAGAGUGAGGAAGAGCAUGAGGAGCACUUGAUACUUGUUCUUGAGACACUACGGGAGAAGCAACUCUAUGCCAAAUUUUCUAAAUGUGAAUUUUGGCUUAAGGAGAUUGGCUUUCUCGGGCACGUGGUUUCUGGAUCGGGAAUUGCUGUUGAUAACAAGAAGAUAGAAGCCAUUACCGAGUGGGAGAGGCCAAAGAACGUUAAGGAAAUUCGUAGUUUCCUUGGAUUGGCAGGCUACUACAGGAAGUUCGUGGAGAAGUUCUCUGUUUUGGCAUCACCAUUGACGAAGCUCACUCGUAAAGGAGCUAAGUUUGUAUGGGAUGACAAAUGUGAGAAGGGGUUCAUGGAACUAAAGAAACGGUUGACCGAGGCACCGGUACUUGCAUUACCCAAACAGGGUGUGGGGUACGAUGUCUAUAGUGACGCGAGCAUCCAGGGGUUUGGGUGUGUACUGAUGCAGGAAGGGAGGGUAAUUGCCUAUGCUUCACGACAGUUGAAGAAGCAUGAGGUAAAUUAUCCUACCCAUGAUUUGGAGCUGGGAGCGGUGGUGUUUGCACUGAAGAUUUGGAGACAUUAUCUCUACGGAGAGACAUGUCACAUAUAUACCGAUCAUAAGAGCUUGAAAUACGUGUUUACUCAGAAAGAGCUAAACAUGAGACAGAGACGGUGGAUGGAGUUGAUAAAAGACUACCAUCUGGUGAUAGAGUAUCACCCAGGCAAGGCUAACGUGGUGGCAGAUGCUUUGAGCCGGAAAAGCUCGUCUGGGCCAUUGCUAGCUAAUUUGAGGGCAUUAAGAGCCCAACUGGAGGUAUCCAGCGAUGGUGCCUUAUUGGCACGAUUUGAGGUGAGACCCACUUUACUUGAUGAGAUCAAGAAGGGUCAGGAAACCGACGAAGAAAUUAUGAAGAUCCGGGAACGCAUGCAAGCGGGACCGGUGGAGGACUUCCGAGAAAGAGAUGACGGUCUCUUAUUAUUUCGUGACCGAGUGUGUGUACCGGCAGAUGACGAGCUCCGAAAGUCCAUCUUAGAGGAAGCUCAUUCAUCGGCUUAUGCCAUGCACCCGGGGGGCACGAAGAUGUACCGUGACCUGAAGGAGAGUUACUGGUGGUCAGGUAUGAAGAGAGAAAUAGCCGAAUAUAUCAGUCGAUGCCUUACUUGUCAACAAGUUAAGGCAGAGCAUCAGCAUCCAGCGGGCUUAUUGCAACCACUUUCCAUUCCUGAAUGGAAGUGGGAACACGUGACUAUGGAUUUUGUGGUAGGGUUGCCACGGACGAUCAGGAAUUAUGAUGCAGUUUGGGUUGUUGUAGAUAGGCUCACAAAGAGUGCACACUUCUUACCUAUCAACACUACUUACCCACUCGAGAGGUUAGCCAAAUUGUACACGGAUGAGAUCGUGAGGCUACAUGGGGUUCCAGUGACCAUUGUAUCCGAUAGAGACCCACGAUUCACAUCACGUUUUUGGCCGAAAUUUCAGGAGUCUAUGGGAACGAGGUUGAAGUUCAGUACUGCUUUCCACCCACAGACGGACGGGCAGUCUGAAAGAGUCAUACAGAUCUUAGAAGACAUGCUGAGGGCUUGCGCAUUAGAGUUCCAAGGAAGUUGGGACAACCACUUAGCACUUGUGGAGUUUGCCUAUAACAACAGUUAUCAGGCAAGCAUCGGCAUGCCUCCAUACGAGGCAUUGUAUGGGAGGAGAUGCCGUACACCAUUAUGCUGGGAUGAGGUUGGCAUGGCCAAACUCGAGGGUACUGAGUUGGUUGAGGUCACCAAGUCAAAGGUGAAGUUGAUUCGAGAGAGACUCAAGGCGGCUCAGGAUAGGCAAAAGAGUUAUGCGGAUAAGCGUCGAAGGACCUUAGAGUUUAAGGUUGACGACGAGGUAUUCCUGAAAGUUUCUCCUUGGAAAGGAAUCAUUCGAUUCCAAACCCGAGGAAAGCUUAACCCACGAUAUAUAGGCCCAUUCAGAAUUAUAGAGAGGGUUGGGGCCGUAGCAUAUCGUCUACAGUUGACUCCUGAGUUGGAGAAGAUUCAUAAUGUAUUUCACGUGUCCAUGCUUAAGAAGUAUGUGCAUGAUCCUUCUCAUGUGUUGGAGAAGCCGCCCGUGGAGGUACGUGAAGAUUUGAACUAUGCCGUGCAACCGGUAAGAGUUAUUGACAGAAAAGUGAAGAAACUGAGGAGUAAAGAAGUUCCAAUGGUUAAAGUCCUUUGGAAGAGUGACCGGGUCGAAGAAGAGACCUGGGAAACAGAAGCCUUGAUGAGGAAGCAGUAUGCAUUCCUAUUUGAGUAAAGCUGUGAAUUUCGGGGACGAAAUUCCUGUUAAGGGGGGGUGAACUUGUGACACCGCUCCCGAAGGUCCUUGAAAAUUUGAUUUGAAUAUUCAAAGCUUAUGUAUUGGAUUUCUGAUUCCCAAACAUUUUGUAAAACGAUCAAUGUUCUACGUAGUGCAUGGUUGAAUAUCGUACUGUUCAAACUCGUACAUUAGUGUCGGGUUUCGCAAAUACUUACUCGGGACUUAUUAAUAAAUAAAAGAGUCCAACAUUAUCUAUAUAAGUGAUCGAAGGAUUAAAGAAGAAUACAAAUGCCUAUAACCCCAUCUUUGGCAUUUUUGAGCUAAAUAAUGGGAGUAGGAUUUUCCUUCUAUAACAUCCAUCAAGUAAAUUAUUGGGAUGAGCCUACACAUAUUGGAGGUCAAUAAUGUGAUUUAGGAAGUUGACUUGUUCUAAAUAAAUUAGGAUGAGUACAAAAAGACAUCUUUGACAAAGAUAAAACAAUAGGACCCAUCUUCCCAUUUUUUGGAAGUAUUGAUAGACAUUUUGGACCCCAAAUUGAAUGGGACCAUUUGGGGACCAUCCCACAUGACCUUGGUACCUGCAAAACAAAGGAAAAUGGGUGAGACAAAGAUGUGGGGCGGACUUUUGACUCAUGAACUACAACAUUACAAAAAGGAAAUAAAAGAGGAGGUCCACACCAUGUUUGAUUGCAAUCAAAUACCCUACCCUUCUUUUUGGUGAACCACAUGCUCUCUUAGCAUGAUUGAGGCCUCCUAAUACACUCCCCCUACACCCCAUUCGAACUCCCAAGAUAAGAGAGAAAGAGAGAGCCACAUACUCCAAGGGAGAGGUGAAGAGAGAAGCUGGCCGCAGGACUCGUUUUCCAGAAAAUAGGGCUACUUGUUUGAUCCAUAACUUGAGCUUCACUCGUCCAAAUAAGGCGUAUGAUAUACCAAAAGAAAGCUCUCAAGACGAGGAAUCCGUGAAGGUCUGGUUUGCAUAAAUCGGAGUAGUGUAAGACCUCCAAAUCGACCGAUCAAAACACGACCUCGCAGAAUACGUUUUUGUAUUCAAAGUUAGGGAACGAAUUCGUCGGGAAACACCCGUUCUAGGGACUGUUUUUGCAUUUUCGGUUAGGAGUUGAACUAGCACUUUGAAGGGGCUGUUUAACACUCCAUUCCAAGCAAGGAAUCAGUUCCAAAUCCACCUUGACCAAAGCUUUGACCAUUGGACCAAGAAGGGAAAGUUUAAAGCUCAAUUGAGGUGAGGAUUGACAUCUAAUUGCUUACAACUUGUAGGUUAAGCAUGAGAUUACCUAAAUGCUUAAAUCAUGAUUUUUCAUGGAUUAUGAUGAUUAUAUAUUGAUGGAAUAUUGAUAUAGUUGCCAAAGAAUGAAAUUUGAAAUGAUUUGAGAAGGUAUGAAUAAUAUGAGAUUAAAUGAGUAUAAAAGAACCAUUUUGUGAAAAUGGGUAUUUUACUCAUGUAUGAAUUAUGUGGAUACAUAAAUGAAUAUUUGUGUAUUGAGAUUAAAUACUUAAGUUGCUGCUACAUAAUUAUAAAUAUGUAGAGAAUUACAAAUAAUGAGGAUAAUGGUAUGAUAACAAUAAUCUUAAUAGUAUUGAAAUACUAGUUAGUGAUUAUUGGGACUUGUUGAUUAAAUUGAUCCUAGGGAUUGGAUUGUAUGAAAGGUACUUGAAUAUGGUUCAAGUGUAUAUAAUACUUAGUAUGGAACUAAGGUUGAGUUAUGGGAAGUCUUUAAGGAUGACCCAUGGUAGUUUAAUGAUAUGUUAAUUCUAGGCAUAGGGUUGCUUGAGAAUUGGACCUUAAUGCAUGGUGAUGUGAUAGAGCCGAGCUCUAGAAUGCAUGUAAGGUGUAGACUUGGAGUCUAUGUAUUGUAUAGCUAGAGCCGAGCUCUAGGACUUGCGUGGUGAUGUGAUAGAGCCGAGCUCUAGAACGCAAGUAAGGUGUAGACUUGGAGUCUAUGUAUUGUAUAGCUAGAGCCGAGCUCUAGGACUUGCGUGGUGAUGUGAUAGAGCCGAGCUCUAGAACGCAAGGUAGGGAAAUUGACCCGAGGUAUAUGAAUUGUAUGGUGAUGUGGUAGAGCCGAGCUCUAGAAUACAAUGUCAUGUACUAGGGUUGGACUCUAGGAGUUGUCGUGGCUUAUAGUCACGGGGUUGGGAAUGGUGAUUUCCAAAUGAAAACGGGCCCACGGGCCGACUACUUGACUUUUAUAUAAAGUAAGUAUAUUUUUUAAACGGGGUAACUUAGGGUUACAAUCAUAAUGUACUAUCACCCUACUUGAGGGUCUUGUGUUUGAAAUACUUGUUGUAUAUCUAUUAGAUGCCUGCCACACCAGUACUUUAUAGCCGUAUAGAGUACUGCCCCCUUCGGGGGCGUCCCACCACCAUUUCAGGUUGAGGCUAGAGCUUGCUUCCUGUGCUCGUUGCCCGAGUGAUUUCCCCGGAGAGAAGACUUGGUUCGUGCUUCCUCCAUUCUGUUUUAGAACAUUAAUAAACAUGCUCAUGGAUAUUUUACUUUAGAGCCUGCGUGCUCAUGUUUGCCCUGUGUGGCCCUUUUGUUUUAAACAAUGUUUUCCGCUGCGUAUUC